AUGCUUGCGGUAUUGUUGGUUGGACUUGUGUUCGUGGUUUUGGCCAUUGCACUUCCAUACAUGUCUGGGCUUGCCACGUAUGAGAAGCAAAAAAAGAAAAAACCGACAAAACUGGUGCAUUCUACUUCAGCUGUUUCCUCCGGAACUAUGGGGUAUCUUCCCCCGGAUGAAAUAGCUCGACAAGAACAGGCGAACGAAACCCAUAAAGACUCGUUGAAAAACAGGGUAAAAGUUACCACCGAUGAUUUGCCGGUGAGAAUGACAUUAAAGCAUGAUGGAACUCCGUCGUUACGGAAACGAAAAGAAAAACUCGAUGUCGAUACCGAUCCAAACCAUUACGAUUAUGACCUCGAUGAACUCAUAACUGAAGAAGGAAACCUUGCGGCAGCCGAGCAGCAAGCUCAAUUUUACCGUGGCCAGACAUUGGGCAAACUGGCAAAGGAAAUGGUGUAG